AUGAGUUCAGCUGUUGCCUUUUCUGUACGCCAAACUCUCGUGCCGGUGGUGGGGUGGGGUCUUCUCUUCCCUGUACGCCGUGUCUAUUGUGUUGGACAGAACUACGCAGAUCACGCUAAGGAGAUGGGUGGAACUGUAUCCAAAACCAAUCCAUUCUUCUUCACCAAACCACCAGAUGCCAUUACCAGCAAUACCACGAAUCACACCUCAUCGAUGGAAGUCAACGCGAAGUAUCCCCCGCAAACAGAGAAUUAUCAACACGAAGUGGAGUUAGUAGUGGCGAUUGGCCCCAAACGCGGAGCUAAAAGUAGUGAAGAUGCGGGAAUAAAGUACAGUGCACUCUCUCCUAAGGAAGUACAGAAUAUUAUUUACGGCUACGCUGUGGGUCUAGACAUGACAAGACGGGAUCUGCAACUGCAGGCAAAGACGAAUGGAAAGCCGUGGGAUUUGGCAAAAGGUGCGGAUGAAAGUGCCCCACUUUCUGCGAUUGUGCCUGUGGAAGUUAUUCAGAAACAGAAUGCCUUAUUGUUUUAUACAAGUGAUGAGGCCUGUAAAGAGAUGGUGACAGAAGGUACUGGAAUACCUGCCGUCCUACGCCGAGGGGCGGUGAAGUUGACUGUAAAUGGUACACCUCGUCAAGAGGGGAAUUUAACAUCCUUUGUUACUCCCAUUGAUGAAUUAAUCUCUAUCUUGUCAAAAUCAGUUGAUUUGGCACCGGGUGAUCUUAUUUUUACUGGAACUCCUUCAGGUGUCUCCGCUGUAAAGCCUGGUGAUGUUAUUAAAGCAUCCGUAGAGGGCGUUGGAGAACUAACAGCUCAUAUCUGCAGUACAUAA